CAACUGACGUUUCUAGCUGUCAAAACAAAUGCCUCGUCGUCGUCCACAAAUUAUUUGCCAAAUUAUUUUAUUGCCAGCAAGUUCAACAUAAAUUCUGAACAUAUAAGAAAAGCAUCGUACAUUAUCAGGAUUUCCAUUGUACUGCCACCUUGAGAUUCAAAUCAAUCCUAUCGCGCGACCAACCGACAGAGCUUUCGUCCGAAAAUGGUGUUCGCCAAAUCGUGGGAAGAUUUCGAGAUCGCCGCCGAGAACAUGUACAUCGCCAACCCGUGCCAGUGUCGGUUCACGAUGAAGUACACCCACCGGAAAACGGCCGUCGUCCUCAAGCUGACGGACGACGUCAAGUGCGUCCAGUUCAAAACCGAGGUGCUGUCCGAUCUGAAGAGAAUAGAGAAGUUCACCGGCAACCUGAUGUGGCUGAUGGCGUCCAAGGAGUGAGGCGGGUGUCUACGCUGGAUUUGUACCGGGACCAGGGAUACGAUCGUUCUCUAGUUUAUGAUAAGUAUGGAUGUUUUUUUAUUGUUAUAGAAUGGAUGUGAAUAAUAAAAAAAGGAAUUUGCGCGAAAA